AUGUCGCAAGUACCACCAGACAACUUGGUCAUCUUUGGCCCAGACGCAAAUUGUACUCUUGCUCUAUGUCCCGUAGAAUGGAGCGUCUACCAAUACCGUCCAUCACUCGCCGCCAACAUCACCUUCAUCGUUCUCUACGCCAUCGCUAUGGGGACACAUCUCGUUCUGGGUAUCAAGUGGAAGCAGUGGUUCUACAUGAGUUUCAUGAUGAUUGGAUGUCUGUUUGAGAUUAUUGGAUACAUUGGAAGGAUUAUUAUGUAUAACAAUCCCUUCAACUUUGGAGGGUUCAUGGUCCAGAUUGUUUUUAUCACGAGCGGUCCUGUGUUUUACACAGCUGCUAUUUACGUGACACUUUCCAAGACGAUCAAAUACUUUGCCCCCGAAGUCUCCCGCUUCAGACCCGAACUCGUAUGGUGGAUCUUCAUCCCCGCCGAUGUAGUCUGUCUCGUCCUCCAAGCCGCAGGCGGCGCAUUGUCAACCGUCAGCCAAGGUUCCAGCCAAACUGGUAUCGACAUCGCCUUAGCUGGUCUAUCCCUCCAAGUCGUCAUCCUCGUCUUCUUCUGUAUUCUUCUCGGGGACUAUCUCUGGCGAUACUUUCGAAGCGGAAACGCUAGUGCAAUGGGAAACCGUAUGAGGAUAUUCUUUGGGUUCUUGAGCGCUGCGGUUAUUCUCAUCCUUGCGCGAUGUGCGUUUCGAUGUUAUGAGUUGAGUAAGGGGUAUAGGAACUCGGAUCUUAUUACGGAUGAGGGGUUGUUCAUUGGUCUUGAGGGAGUGCUUAUUGUCAUUGCGGUGUUCUUCUUGUGCAUUAGUCACCCAGGUCCUGUGUUCAAUGAUGCUAUGACAACGGUGCCGGGUACCUCGCAGAGCGAUGCCGAUGCCGAGAAGUGA